AUGCAAAUAUACGCGCCCACGUCACGCCCCAGCCUCGUCCAGGCCAAUGGGCUCACAGAGAGCCACCCACGGGUAUUUAGGGGGCUGCGGGGGGUCCAGGCCCCCUGGGGGUGCUGGGCUUUUACCCCCCUUUCCCCUCUCAGUUACAGAUACUGCAAGAACAAACCGUACCCCAAGUCCCGCUUCUGCCGGGGGGUCCCUGAUCCCAAAAUCCGCAUCUUCGACUUGGGCCGGAAGAAGGCCAAGGUGGACGAGUUCCCGCUGUGCGGCCACAUGGUGUCGGACGAGUACGAGCAGCUCAGCUCCGAGGCGCUGGAGGCCGCCCGCAUCUGCGCCAACAAGUACAUGGUGAAGAGCUGCGGCAAGGACGGCUUCCACAUCCGCGUGCGCCUGCACCCCUUCCACGUCAUCCGCAUCAACAAGAUGCUCUCGUGCGCCGGCGCCGACAGGCUGCAGACCGGCAUGCGCGGCGCCUUCGGCAAGCCGCAGGGCACCGUGGCCCGCGUGCACAUCGGCCAGGUCAUCAUGUCGAUCCGCACCAAGGCGCAGAACAAGGAGCACGUGGUGGAGGCUCUGCGCAGGGCCAAGUUCAAGUUCCCCGGGCGCCAGAAGAUCCACAUCUCCAAGAAGUGGGGCUUCACCAAGUUCAACGCGGACGCCUUCGAGGACAUGGUGGCGCAGCGGCGCCUCAUCCCCGACGGCUGCGGCGUCAAGUACGUGCCCAGCCGCGGGCCCCUCGACCGCUGGCGCGCGCUGCACGCCGCCUGACCCCCGGGGGGCUGGGG